AUGUCUCGCAGGAAGAUUUCAUCCGAGUCCUUCAGCUCUCUGGGCUCCGAUUACCUGGAGACCAGCCCGGAAGAGGAAGGGGAAUGCCCCUUGUCUAAGCUCUGCUGGAAUGGCAGCCGGAGCCCGCCAGGGCCACCUGGCUCCAGAGCAGCCGCUAUGGCUGCCACCCCAGUCCCCGCUGCCUCUGUCGCUGCGGCAGCUGCUGCAGUCGCCGCCGGGUCCAAGAGAGCCCAACGCCGCCGGAGGGUCAACCUGGACUCACUGGGCGAGAGUAUCAGUCUCCUGACGGCGCCCUCGCCUCAGACGAUACACAUGACUCUCAAGAGGACAUUGCAGUAUUAUGAACAUCAAGUUAUUGGUUAUAGGGAUGCAGAAAAGAAUUUCCACAAUAUCUCUAAUAGAUGCUCCUCUGCAGACCAUUCCAACAAAGAGGAAAUUGAAGAUGUCUCAGGAAUUCUUCGGUGUACUGCAAAUGUACUCGGACUGAAGUUCCAAGAAAUUCAAGAAAGGUUUGGUGAGGAAUUCUUUAAGAUAUGCUUUGAUGAGAAUGAGCGAGUCCUUCGAGCUGUAGGCAGCACAUUGCAGGAUUUCUUCAAUGGCUUCGAUGCAUUGUUGGAACACAUUAGGACUUCAUUUGGGAAACAGGCCACUCUAGAGUCACCAUCUUUCCUAUGCAAAGAGCUUCCUGAAGGUACUCUCAAACUCCACUACUUCCACCCCCACCAUACAGUGGGCUUCGCAAUGCUGGGAAUGAUCAAGGCUGCAGGAAAGAGAAUCUAUCACUUAAAUGUGGAAGUUGAACAAAUUGAAAAUGAGAAAUUUUGCUCUGAUGGUUCAACCCCAAGCAAUUAUAGCUGUCUUACCUUCCUUAUCAAAGAAUGUGAGACUACUCAGAUCACAAAGAACAUUCCACAAGGUACUUCCCAAAUUCCUACAGACCUCAGAAUCAGUAUCAACACCUUCUGCAGAACCUUCCCAUUCCAUUUGAUGUUCGACCCUAACAUGGUGGUCCUUCAACUUGGAGAGGGCCUACGAAAGCAACUUCGAUGUGACAAUCACAAAGUACUGAAGUUUGAGGACUGUUUUGAGAUCGUCUCUCCAAAGGUUAAUGCCACUUUUGAUAGAGUCUUGCUACGAUUGUCCACCCCAUUUGUGAUAAGGACAAAGCCUGAAGCUUCUGGUACUGACAAUGAAGAUAAGCUGGUGACCGAACCCAGUGCCUUGCGCUUCCUAGGUAAGCGCUCUACCACUGAGCUAAAUCCCCAGCCCCUAAAAUGCUUUGUAUAAACCAUGUUCAUUGCUAUUUUGACUUCUAGUCACUGGUUAAGUGUAGGACUGGAUUGAACAUGCUCAUGAAUGAUUUCAUGAGACAUUAAUGAAAUAAAGCCAGCAUCCUAAACUCCUACACUCUUAAUCCUCCUGCAUGAGUUAUAGAUGUAUAAAGGUGACAAGUUUCCUAUUUUCAUCUAUAUUUAACUUCAACUUCCCUUUCAUCAUUUUCUUUCCAUAUUUUAAGUCAGACCUUAAAAAUAAAUAAUCCAGUACUGCAAUCAGUGUUUGAAUAAUAUAGAGACAACAAAACCAUGGAAAUUUUAUAAAGAAAAUCAUUUAUUUGAUGCUUGUUUACAUUGUCAGAGAUUUACUCUAUCGUUAUAUGGUAGGUAGUACUGGGACAUGCCGACAGACAUGAUAUUGAAAAGUACCUGAGAGCUCUACAUGUAGAUAUUCUGCAACUUGCAAGAAGAAAGAAAGUCACUUUUGAUUUGGUCACUGAAACCUCAAAACACAGUUCCAAUGACACAUUUCCUCAAUGAUCUCACAUUUAUGCCAAAAAGAUACAAUUCCUACUCCCUCUCGAGUAGUGUUAUUCUCUGAUAGCUAAGCAAUCAAAGAUAUAAACCAAUUGGGGAACACUCUUAUUCAACCUGCCACAUUACACUCCCUGUUCCCCAUAGUCUUACAGCCAUAUCACAAUACAAAAAUGCAUUCAUUCCAACUUCAAAUGUCCUUGUAGUCUAGACAGACCAACUUUUUUAUGUGAUUUUUUUAAAAUUACACUUCAAUUCUUAUCCCUUUUCCAGUUUCCUGUACAUAAAAACCCUAUAUGUUUGAGGCUCUUACCCAUUUUUUCUAUUAAUUUAAGUGUAUCUGGUUUGAUAUGCAGGUCCUUGAUCCACUUGGAUAUGAGCAUUGUUUAGGGCAAUAAGAAUUGAUCAAUUUGCAUUCUUCUGUAGGCUGACCUCCAGUUGAACCAGCACCAUUUGUUGAAAAUUCUUUCUUUUUUCCACUGGAUGGUUUUUAUCUCCUUUGUCAAAGAUCAAGUGACCAUAGGUGUGUAGAUUCAUUUCUGAGUCUUCAAUUAAAUUACAUUGAUCAACCUGCCUGUUUCUGUACCAGUACGAUACAGUUUUUAUAUCACUAUUGCUCUGUAAUACAGCUUGAAGUCAGGAAUUGUGAUUCCCCUGUAAGUUCUUUUAUUGCUAGGGAUAGUUUUUGCUAUUCUUUUUGUUUUUGUUGUUGUUGUUGUUGUUGUUGAUUUGUUGUUAUUAUUCCAAAUGUAUUUGAAAAUGGCUCUAUGAAGAAUUGAGUUGGAAUUUUGAUGGGAAUUGCACUGAAUCUGUACAUUGCUUUUGGCAAGAUGGCCAUUAUUACAAUAUUAAUCCUGCCAAUUCAUAAGCAUGGGAGAACUUUCUGUCUUCCGAGAUCUUCACUUUUGUUCUUCAGAAAAUUGAAGUUCUAGUCAUACAGAUCUUUCCCUUGCUUGGUUAGAGUCACACCAAGGUAUUUUAUAUUAUUUGUGAAGGGUGUAAUUUUCCUAAUUUCUUUCUCAGCCUGUUAAUUCUUUGAGUAGAGGAAAGCUACUCAUUUGUUUGAGUUAAAUUCUUAUCCAGCCACUUUGCUGAAGAUUUUUUUUAUAAGGUUUAGGAGUUCUCUGGCAGUACUUUUGGGUCACUUAAGUAUACUAUCAUAUCGUCUGCAUAUAGUGAUAUUUUGACUUCUCCCUUUCUAAUUUGUAUCUCUUGACCUCUUGACCUGCUUUUCUUUGUCUGUUUGCUCUGGCUAGGACUUUGAGUAAAAUAUUGAUUAGGUAGUAGAUGAUUCUUUUAAUGUGCUCUUGGAUUGAAAGAAUUUUAUUGAAUAAUUUUACAUCGAUACUCACACGGGAAAUUGGUUUGAAGUUCUCUUUCUUUGUUAGGUCUUCGUGUGGUUUAGGUAGAGAUGUAAUUUUGGCUUCAUAAAAGGAGUUGGGUAGUGUUCCUUCUGUUUUUACUUCUUGAGAUAGUUUUCACAGUAUUGGUAUUAGGUCUUCUAGGAAGGUUUGAUAGAACUUAGUACUAAACCCAUCUGGUCCUGGGCUUUUUUUUUUGGUUGGGAGACUUUUAAUGACUGCUUCUAUUUCUUUAGGAGUUAUGUGACAGUUUAAAUGGUUUAUCUGAUCCUGAUUUAACUUUGGUACCUGGUAUCUGUCUAGAAAAUCGUCCAUUUCAUCCAGAUUUUCCAAUUUUGUUGAGUAUAGGCUUUUGUAGAAGAAUUUUAUGAACUUUUGGAUUUCUUCACUUUCUGUUACAUCUCCCUUCAUAUUUCUAAUUUUGGUUUUUUAAUUGGUAUACUGUCUAUGUGCCCUCUGGUUAGUCUCCCUGAGGGCUUAUAUAUCUUGUUGAUUUUCCCAAAGAACCAGCUUCUGGUUUUGUAGAUUCAUUGUGUAGUUUUUAUGUUUGUUUCUACUUGGUUGAUUUCAGCCCUGAGUUUGAUUAAUUCCUGCUGUCUACUCCUCUUGGUUGUAUAUGCUUCUUUUUGUUCUAGCUUUAAGUGUGCUGUCAAGCUGCUAGGGUAUGCUCUCUCCAGUUUCUUUUUGGAGGCACUGAGAGCUAUCAGUUUUCCCUGUAGCACUGCUUUCAUUGUGUCCCAUAAAAUUGGGUAGGUGGUGCCUUCAUUUUCAUUAAAUUCUAAAAAGUCUUUAAUUUCUUUCAUUUUUUUUCUUCCUUGACCAUGUUAUUGAGAAGAGCAAUGUUCAGCUUCCAUGUGUAUGGGGCUUUUUGUGAUUUUUGUGCUUAUUGAAGACCAAUUUUAAUCAACGUUGAUUUGAUGGGAUGCAUGUGAUAAAUUCAAUAUUCUUGUAUCUCUUGAGGCCUGGUUUGUGACUGGUUAUAUGGUCAAUUUUAGAGAAGAUACCAUAAAGUUCUGAGAAGAAGGCAUGUUGUUUUGUUUUAGGAUGAAAUGUUCUAUAGAUAUCUCUUAAAUUAAUUUGGUUCAUAACUUCUGUUAGUUCCUCUAUGUCUCUGUUUAAUUUCUGAUUCCAUGAUUUGUCCAUUGAUGAGACUGGAUUUUUGAAAUUUCCUACUAUUACUUUUUGAGGUGCAAUGUGUGAUUUGAGCUUUGGUGAGGUUUCUUUUAUGAAUGUAGGUGUUCUUGCAUUUGGAGCAUAGAUAUCAAGGUUUGAGAGUUCAUAUUGGUGGAUUUUUCCUUUGAAGAACAUGAAGUGUCCUUAUCUUUUUUGAUCACCUUUGCUUGAAAUUAGAUUUCAUUUGAUAUCUGAAUGGCUGCUGCAGCUUGUUUCUUGUAACCAUUUGCUUGGGAAAAAAUUUUUUUUCUUCUUUUUACUCUGAGGUAGUGUCUGUCUUUGUCACUGAGGUUUCUUUCUUGUAUGUGACAAAAUGCUGAGUCUUCUUUAUGUAUCUAGUCUGUUAGUCUAUGUCUUUUUAUUAGGAAAUUGAGUCCAUUUUGGGUGAGAGAUGUUAGGUACCAAUGAUAGUUGUUUCCUGUUAUUUUUGUUGUUAAAGGUGGAAUUAUAUUUGUGUGGCUAUCUUUUUUGGGGAUUAGUCGAAACUAAAUUACUUUCUUACAUUUUCUAGGGUACACUUUCCCUCCAUGUGUUGGAAUUUUCAAUCUUUUACCCCUUUUAAGACUAAUUUUUUGGAAAGAUUUUGUGUAAAUCUUUUUGUCAUGGAAUAUCCUGGUUUCUCCAUCUAUGUGAAUUGAAUAGUUUGCUGGAUAUACUAGGUUCUCUUAGGAUCUGUAUAACAUCUGCCCAUGAUCUUCUGGCUUCCAAAGCCCCAAGAAAAGUGUUUGGUAUAAUUGUGGUAGGUAUCUCUUUAUAUGCUACGUGACCUUUUCUCCUGAUUGUUCUUAAUAUUCUUUCUUUGUUUUGUGCAUUUGCUGUCUUCAAUAUUAGGUGACUGGAAGAAUUUCUUUUCUGGUCCAAUCUAUUUGGAGUUCUGUAAACUUCUGGUAUUUUUGGUGGGCAUCUCUUUCUUUAGGUUAGGGAGUGUUCUUCUAAAAUUUUGUUGAAGAUAUUUACUCGCCCUUUAAGUUGGGAAUCCUCACUCUCUUCUAUACCUAUUAUUCUUAGAUUUAAACUCGUUGUAUUCUUUGUUUCCUGGAUAUUUUGGGUUAGGAGCUUUUUGUGUUUUGCGUUUUCUUUGAUCACUGAGUCAAUGCUUUCUAUAUUAUCUUCAACCCCUGAGAUUCUCCCUAUCCCUCAUUCAUUCUCUCUCUCUCUCUCUCUCUCUCUCUCUCUCUCUCUCUCUCUCUCUCUCUCUCUUUCUCUCUCUCUUCUUGGUAAUGCUUGCAUCUAUGACUCCUGACCUAGGUUUUCUGUUUCUAGGGUUGUCUUCCGUUUUGAUUUCUUUAUUGUUUCUACUUCCAUUUUUAGAUCCUGGGUGAUUUUGUUUGAUUCCUUCACCUGUUUUUUUGUAUUUUCUGUCUUUCUUUCUUUUUUUUUUUAUCUGUAUUAACUUGAGUAUUUCUUAUUUACAUAUCCUUUGUUAUUCCCUUUCCCGGAUUCUAGCCCAACAUCCCCCUAACCCCUCUCACUCCUUUUCUAUAUUGGUAUUCCCCUCCCCAUCCUCCCUCCAUCAUCUCCUUCCACCCAACAAUCAAGUUCACUAGGCAUUCAGUCUUGGCAGGACCAAGGGCUUCCCCUUACACUGGUGCUCUUACUAGGCUAUUCAUUGCUACCUAUGAGGUUGGAGCCCAGGGUCAGAACAUGUAUAGUCUUUGGGUAGUGUCAUAGUUCCUGGAAGCUCUGGUUGGUUGGCAUUGUUUUCAUAUGGUGCCAUUCUCAGUUCAGUGGUUUGCUGCUGGCAUUCGCCUAUGUAUUUCCUGCAUUCAGUCUGGGUCUCUCAGGAGAGAUCUACAUCUGGUUCCUGUUGGCCUGCACUUCUUUGCUUCAUCCAUCUUAUCUGAUUGGGUGGCUGUAUAAGUAUGGGCCACAUGUGGGGCAGGCUCUGAAUGGGUGUUCCUUCUGCCUCUGUUUUAAAACCUUUCCUCCCAGGGGUUGGGGAUUUAGCUCAGUGGUAGAGCGCUUGCCUUGCAAGCACAAGGCCCUGGGUUCGGUCCCCAGCUCCGAAAAAAAGAAAAAAAAAAGAAAAAAAAAAAACCUUUCCUCCCUUUUUCCUGCCAAGGGUAUUCUUGUUCCCCUAUAAAGAAGGAGUGGAGCAUUGGCAUUCUGGUCAUCCCUCUUGAGUUUCAUGUGUUUAUGCAUCUUGGGCAAUUCAAGCAUUUGGGCUAUUCAAGCAUUUGGGCUAAUAGCCACUUAUCAAUGAGUGCAUCCCAUGUGUGUUUUUCUGUGAUUGGGAUACCUCACUCAGGAUGAUAUUUUCCAGUUCAAUCCAUUUGAAUAUGAAUUUCAUAAAGUCAUUGUUUUUGAUAGCUAAUAUUCCAUUGUGUAGAUGUACCACAUUUUCUGUAUACAUUCCUCUGUUGAAGGGAAUCUGGGUUCUUUCCAGCUUCUGGCUAUUAUAAAUAAGGCUGCUACAAACAGAGUGGAGCAUGUGUCUUUGUUAUAUGUUGGGGCAUCUUUUGGGUAUAUGCCCAAGAGAGGUAUAGCUGUUUCCUCAUGUAGUUCAAUGUCCAAUUUUCUGACGAAAAUCCAUACUGAUUUCCAGAAUGGUUGUCCCUCUCUGCAAUCCCACCAACAAUGGAGGAGUGUUCCUCUUUCUCCACAUCCUCUCCAGCAUUUGCUGCCAUUUGAGUUUUUGAUCUUAGCCAUUCUCACUGGUGUGAGGUGAAAUCUCAGGGUUGUUUUGAUUUGCAUUUCCCUUAUGACUAAAGAUGUUCAACAUUUCUUUAGGAGUUUCUCAGCCAUUUGGCAUUCCUCAGCUGUGAAUUCUUUGUUUAGCUCUGAGCUCCAUUUUUUAGUAGGGUUAUUUGUCUCCCUGCGGUCUAACUUCUUGAGUUCUUUGCAUAUUUUAGAUAUAAGGUCUCUAUCUGUUGUAGGAUUAGUAAAGAUCUUUUCCCAAUAUGUUGGUUGUCAUUUUGUCCUAACUAGAGUGUACUUUACCUUACAGAAGCUUUGCAGUUUUAUGAGUUCCUAUUUGUCUAUUCUUGAUCUUAGAGCAUAAGCCAUUGGUGUUUUGUUCAGGAUAUUUUCUCCAGUGCCCAUGUGUUCGAGAUGCUUCCCCACUUUUUCUUCUAUUAGUUUGAGUGUAUCUGAUUUGAUGUGGAGGUCCUUGACCCACUUGGACGUAAGUUUUGUACAGGGUGAUAAGAAUGGAUCAAUCUGCAUUCUUCUACAUUUUGACCUCCAGUUGAACCAGCACCAUUUGCUGAAAAUGCUAUCUUUUUUCCAUUUGAUGGUUUUGGCUCCUUUGUCAAAUUUCAAGUGACCAUAGGUGUGUGGGUUCAUUUCUGGGUCUUCAAUUCUGUUCCAUUGGUCUAUCUGUCUGUCUCUGUACCAAUAACAUGCAGUGUUUUCACUAUUGCUCUGUAAUACUGCUUGAGUUCGGGGACAGUGAUUACCCCAGAAGUCCUUUUAUUAAUGAUGAUAAUUUUGUCUAUCCUUGGUUUUUUGUUAUUCAGGAUGAAUUUGCAAAUUGUUCUGUCUAACUCUUUGAAGAAUUGGAUUGGUAUUUUGAUGGGGAUUGCAUUGAAUCUGUAGAUCGCUUUUGGUAAAAUGACCAUUUUUACUUUAUUAAUCCUGCCAAUCCAUGAGCAUGGGAGACCUUUCAAUCUUCUGAGGUCUUCUUCAAUUUCUUUUUUCAGAGGCUUGAAAUUAUUAUUGUACUGAUCUUUUACUUGCUUGGUUAAAGUCAAACCGAGGUAUUUUAUAUUAUUUGGGACUAUUAUGAAUGGUAUUGUUUCCCUAAUUUCUUUCUCAGCAUGUUUCGCUUUUGUGUCGAGGAAGGCUCUUGAUUUAUUUGAUUUAAUUUUAUACCCAGCCACUUUGCUGAAGUUCUUUAACAGAUUUAGUAGUUGUCUGGUUUAAUUUUGGGAUCACUUAAAUAUACUAUCAUGUCAUCUGCAAAUAGUGAUAUUUUGACAUCUUCUUUUCCAAUCUGUAUCCCCUUGACCUCCUUUUGUUUUCUGAUUGCUCUGGCUAGAACUUCAAGAACUAUAUUGAAUAAGUAGGGAGAGAGUGGGCAGCCUUGUCUAGUCCCUGAUUUUAGUGGGAUUGCUUCAAGUUUCUCUCCAUUUAGUUUAAUGUUAGCAACUGGUUUACUGUAUAUGGCUUUUACUAUGUUUAGGUAUGGGUCUUGAAAUCCUAUUCUUUCCAGGACUUUUAUCAUGAAGGGAUGUUGAAAUUUGUCCAAUACUUUCUCAGCAUCUAAUGAAAUGAUCAUGUUCUUUUGUCCUUCCAGUUUGCUUUAAAAAUGUGUCACAGGUGUUGAUGGUUUUCUGUAAAUUAAACCAUCCCUGCAUUCCUGGGAUGAAGCCUACUUGAUCAUGGUGGAUGAUUGUUUUGAUGUGCUCUUGGAUUCGGUUUGCCAGAAUUUUAUUGAGUAUUUUUGCGUCGAUAUUCAUAAGGGAAAUUGGUCUGAAGUUCUCUUUCUUUGUUGGGUCUUUGUGUGGUUUAGGUAUAAGAGUAAUUGUGGCUUCAGAGAAGGAAUUGGGUAGUGCUCCAUCUGUUUCAAUUUUGUGGAAUAGUUUGGAUAAUAUUGGUACGAGGUCUUCUAGGAAGGUCUGAUAGAAUUCUGCACUAAACCCGUCUGGACCUGGGCUCUUUUUGGUUGAGCGAUCUUUAAUGACUGCUUCUAUUUCCUUAGGAGUUAUGGGGUUGUUUAACUGGUUUAUCUGUUCCUGAUUUAACUUUGUUACCUGGUAUCUGUCUAGGAAAUUGUCCAUUUCCUGCAGAUUUUCAAGUUUUGUUGAAUAUAGUAGGAUCUUAUGAUCCUUUGAAUUUCCUCUGAUUCUGUAGUUAUGUCUCCCUUUUCAUUUCUGAUUUUGUUAAUUUGGACACACUCUCUGUGUCCUCCCCUUAGUCUGGCUAAAGGUUUAUCUCUAUUGUUGAUUUUCUCAAAGAACCAACUUUUGGUUCUGUUGAUUCUUUCUAUGGUCGUUUUUAUUUCUACUUGGUUAAUUUCAGCUCUGAGUUUGAUUAUUUCCUGCCUUCUACUCCUCCUGGUUGUAUUUACUUCUUUUUGUUCUAAAGCUUUUUAGUGUGAUGUCAAGGUGCUGACCUAUGCGCUCUCCUGUUUCUUUCUGCAUGCACUCAGAGCUAUGAAUUUUCCUCUUAGCAGAGCAUUCAUUGUGUCCCAUAAGUUUUGGUAUGUUGUACCUUCAUUUUCAUUAAAUUAUAAGAAGUCUUUAAUUUCUUUCUUUAUUUCUUCUUUGACCAGGUUAUCAUUUAGUAGAGCACUGUUCAACUUCCGUGUAUAUGUGGGCAUUCUUCCCUUACUUUUAUUGAAGGUCAGCUUUAGCCCGUGGUGGUCUGAUAGGACGUAUGGGAUUAUUUCUAUCUUUCUGUAUCUGUUGAGGUCUGUUUUAUGACCAAUUAUAUGGUCAAUUUUGGAGAAAGUACCAUGAGGUGGUGAGAAGUAUGUAUAUCCUUUUGCUUUAGGAUAGAAUGUUCUAUAAAUAUCUGUUAAGUCCAUUUGCUUCAUGGCUUCUCUUAUAUUGUCUAUGUCUCUGUUUAAUUUCUGUUUCCAUGUUGUGUCCAUUUAUGAGAGUGGGGUGUUGAAAUCUCCUACUAUUAUUGUGUGAGAUGCAGGGUAUGCUUUGAGCUUUAGUAAGGUUUUUUUAUGUAUGUAGUUGCCCUUGUAUUUAGAGCAUACAUAUUUAGGAUUGAGAAUUCAUCUUUGCGAAUUUUUCCUUUGAUGAAUAUGAAGUAUCCUUCCUUAUUUUUUUGAUGAGUUUUAGUUGAAAAUCCAUUUUAUUCGAUAUCAUAAUGGCUGCUCCAGCUUUCUUCUUCAGACCAUUUUCUUGGAAAGUUGUUUUCCAGCCUUUCACUCUGAGGAGGUAUCUCUCUUUGUCUCUGAGUUGUGUGUCCUGUAGGCAGUAGAAUGUAGGGUCCUCAUUACAUAUCGAGUUUUUUUUAUUAACUUGAGUAUUUCUUACAUACAUUUCGAGUGUUAUUCCCUUUCCAGGUUUCCGGACAAACAUCCCCCUCCCCUCUCACCUUCUUUAGGGGUGCUCUCCUCCCCAUCCUCCCCCCAUUGCCGCCCUCCCCACAACAAUCUAGUUCACUGGGGGUUCAGUCUUAGCAGGACCCAGGGCUUCCCCUUCCACUGGUGCUCUUACUAGGAUAUUCAUUGCUACCUAUGAGGUCAGAGUCCAGGGUCAGUCCAUGUAUAGUCUUUAGGUAGUGGCUUAGUCCCUGGAAGCUCAGGUUUCUUGAAAUUGUUGUACGUAUGGGGUCUCGAGCCCCUUCAAGCUCUUCCAGUUCUUUCUCUGAUUCCUUCAACGGGGGACCUAUUCUCAGUUCAGUGGUUUGCUGCUGGCAUUCGCCUCUGUAUUUGCUGUAUUCUGGCUGUGUCUCUCAGGAGCGAUCUACAUCCGGCUCCUGUCAGUCUACACUUUUUUGCUUCAUCCAUCUUGUCUAAAUGGGUGGCUGUAUAUGUAUGGGCCACAUGUGGGGCAGGCUCUGAAUGGGUGUUCCUUCUGUGUCUGCUUUAAUCUUUGCCUCUCUAUUCCCUGCCAAGGGUAUUCUUGUUCCCCUUUUAAAGAAGGAGUGAAGCAUUCACAUUUUGAUCAUCCUUCUUGAGUUUCAUUUGUUCUAGGCGUCUAGGAUAAUUCAAGAAUUUGGGCUAAUAGCCACUUAUCAAUGAGUGCAUACCAUGUGUGUUUUUCUGUGAUUGGGAUACCUCACUCAGGAUGAUAUUUUCCAGUUCCGACCAUUUGCCUACGAAUUUCAUAAAGUCAUUGUUUUUGAUAGCUGAGUAAUAUUCCACUGUGUAGAUGUACCACAUUUUCUUUAUCCAUUCCUCAGUUGAAGGGCAUCUGGGUUCUUUCCAGCUUCUGGCUAUUAUAAAUAAGGCUGUGAUGAACAUAGUGGAGCCCGUGUCUUUUUUAUAUGUGGGGCAUCUUUUGGGUAUAUGUCCAAGAGAAGUAUAGCUAGGUCCUCAGGCAGUUCAAUGUCCAAUUUUCUGAGGAACCUCCAGACUGAUUUCCAGAAUGGUUGUACCAGUCGGCAAUCCAGCCAACAAUGGAGGAGUGUUCCUCUUUCUCCACAUCCUCACCAGCAUUUGCUGUCACCUGAGUUUUUGAUCUUAGCCAUUCUUACUGGUGUGAGGUGAAAUCUGAGGGUUGUUUUGAUUUGCAUUUCCCUUAUGACUAAAGAUGUUGAACAUUUCUUUAGGUGUUUCUCAGCCAUUUGGAGUUCCUCAGCUGUGAAUUCUUUGUUUAACUCUGAACCCCAUUUUUUAAUAGGGUUAUUUGUCUUCCUGCGGUCUAACCUCUUGAGUUCUUUGUAUAUUUUGGAUAUAAGGCCUUUAUCUGUUGUAGGAUUGGUAAAGAUCUUUUCCCAAUCUGUUGGUUGCCGUUUUGUCCUACCACAGUGUCCUUUGCCUUACAGAAACUUUGCAGUUUUAUGAGAUCCCAUUUAUCGAUUCUUGAUCUUAGAGCAUAAGCCAUUGGUGUUUUGUUCAGGAAAAUUUUUCCAGUGCCCAUGUGUUCCAGAUGCUUCCCUAGUUUUUCUUCUAUUAGUUUGAGUGUAUCUGGUUUGAUGUGGAGGUCCUUGAUCCACUUGGACUUAAGCUUUGUACAGGGUGAUAAGCAUGGAUCGAUCUGCAUUCUUCUACAUGUUGACCUCCAGGUGAACCAGCACCAUUUGCUGAAAAUGCUAUCUUUUUCCAUUGGAUGGUUUUGGCUCCUUUGUCAAAAAUCAAGUGCCCAUAGGUGUGUGGGUUCAUAUCUGGGUCUUCAAUUCUGUUCCAUUGGUCUAUCUGUCUGUCUCUGUACCAAUACCAUGCAGUUUUUAAUCACUAUUGCUCUGUAAUACUGCUUGAGUUCAGGGAUAGUGAUUCCACCUGAAGUCCGUUUAUUGUUGAGGAUAGUUGACCAGUUUUAGGCCUUGGUGAUCCGAUAGCACGCAUGGGAUUAUUUCUAUCUUUCUGUACCUGUUGAGGCCCGUUUUUUGACCAAUUAUAUGGUCAAUUUUGGAGAAAGUACCAUGAGGAGCUGAGAAGAAGGUAUAUCCUUUUGCUUUAGGGUAGAAUGUUCUAUUAAUAUCUGUUAAGUCCAUUUGGCUCAUAACUUCUUUUAGUCUGUCUACGUCUCUGUUUAAUUUCUGUUUCCAUGAUCUAUCCAUUGAUGAGAGUGGGGUGGGGAAGUCUCCUACUAUUAUUGUGUGAGGUGCAAUGUGUGUUUUGAGCUUUAGUAAGGUUUCUUUUACGUAUGUAGGUGCCCUUGUAUUUAGGGCAUAGAUAUUUAGGAUUGAGAGUUCAUCUUGGUGGAUUUUUCCUUUGAUGGAUAUGAAGUGUCCUUCCUUAUCUUUUUUGUGACUUUUAGUUGAAAAUUGAUUUUGUUUGAUAUUAGAAUGGCUACUCCAGCUUGCUUCUUCUGACCAUUUGCUUGGAAAGUUGUUUUCCAUCCUUUCACUCUGAGGUAGUGUCUGUCUUUGUCUCUGAGGUGUGUUUCCUGUAGGCAGCAGAAUGCAGUGUCCUCGUUGCGUAUCCAGUUUGUUAAUUUAUGUCUUUUUUGGGGGAGUUGAGGCCAUUGAUGUUGAGAGAUAUUAAGGAAUAGUGAUUAUUGCUUCCUGUUAUAUUCAUAUUUGGAUGUGAGGUUAUGUUUGUGUGCUUUUCUUCUCUUUGUUUUCUUGCCAAGACAAUUAGUUUCUUGCUUCUUCUAUGGUAUAGCUUGCCUCCUUAUGUUGGGCUUUACCAUUUAUUAUCCUUUGUAGUGCUUGAUUUGUAGAAAGAUAUUGUGUAAAUUUGGUUUUGUCAUGGAAUAUCUUGGUUUCUCCAUCUAUGAUAAUUGAGAGUUUUGCAGGAUAGUGUAACCUGGGCUGGCAUUUGUGUUCUCUUAGGGUCUGUAUGACAUCUGUUCAGGAUCUUCUGGCUUUCAUAGUUUCUGGCAAAAAGUCUGGUGUAAUUCUGAUAGGUCUGCCUUUAUAUGUUACUUGACCUUUUUUCCUUACUGCUUUUAAUAUUCUUUCUUUAUUUUGUGCGUUUGGUGUUUUGACUAUUAUGUGACGGGAGGUGUUUCUUUUCUGGUCCAAUCUAUUUGGAGUUCUGUAGGCUUCUUGCAUGCCUAUGGGUAUCUCUUUCUUUAGGUUAGGGAAGUUUUCUUCUAUGAUUUUGUUGAAGAUAUUUACUGGUCCUUUGAGCUGGGGGUCUUCACUCUCUUCUAUACCUAUUAUCCUUAGGUUUGAUCUUCUCAUUGAGUCCUGGAUUUCCUGUAUGUUUUGGACCAGUUGCUCUUUCUGCUUUACAUUAUCUUUGACAGUUGAGCCAAUGAUUUUUGUGGAAUCUUCGGCUCCUGAGAUUCUCUCUUCCAUAUCUUGUAUUCUGUUGGUGAAUCUCCUAUCUACAGCUCCUUGUCUCUUCUUUUGGUUUUCUAUAUCCAGGGUUUUUUCCAUGUUUUCUUUCUUGAUUGCUUCUAUUUCCAUUUUUAAUUCCUUCAACUGUUUGAUUGUGUUUUCCUGGAAUUCUUUCAGGGAUUUUUGUGACUCCUCUCUAUGGGCUUCUACUUGUUUAUUUAUGAUUUCCUGGAAUUCUUUCAGGGAUUUUUGUGACUCCUCUCUAUGGGCUUCUACUUGUUUAUUUAUGAUUUCCUGGAAUUCUUUCAGGGAUUUUUGUGACUCCUCUCUAUGGGCUUCUACUUGUUUAUUUAUGAUUUCCUGGAAUUCUUUCAGGGAUUUUUGUGACUCCUCUCUAUGGGCUUCUACUUGUUUAUUUAUGAUUUCCUGGAAUUCUUUCAGGGAUUUUUGCGAUUCCUCUCUGUAGGCUUCUACUUGUUCUCUAAGGGAGUUCUUCACGUCUUUCUUGAAGUCCUCCAGCAUCAUGAUCAAAUAUGAUUUUGAAACUACAUCUUGCUUUUCUGGUGUGUUUGGAUAUUCCGUGUUUGCUUUGGUGGGAGAAUUGGGCUCUGAUGAUGCCAUGUAGUCUUGAUUUCUGUUGCUUGGGUUUCUGCGCUUGCCUCUCGCCAUCAGAUUAUCUCUAGUGUUACUUUGUUGUGCUAUCUGACAGUGGCUAGACUGUCCUAUAAGCCUGUGUGUCAGGAGUGCUGUAGACAUGUUUUCCUGUUUUCUUUCAGGCAGGUAUUGGAACAGAGUGUUCUGCUUUCGGGCGUGUAGUUUUUCCUAUCUACAGGCCUUCAGCUGUUCCUGUGUGCCUGAGUCUGGUGUUCACCAGGCAGGUCUCUUGCAGCAGAAAAGUUGGUCUUACCUGUGGUCCCGAGGCUCAAGUUUCCUCGUGAGGUGCUACCUACGAGCUCUGCGCGUUGGCAGCAACCUGGAAGAUCUGCGCCACCCUUUCCGGGAGCCUUGGUACACCAGGGUUCCAGAUGGCAUUUGGUGUUUUCCUCUGGCAUCAGAGAUGUGUGCAGAGUGCCGUCUCUUCUGGUUUCCCAGGCGUGUCUGCCUCUCUGUAGGUUUAGCUCUCCCUCCCACGGGAUUUGGGUGCAGAGAACUGUUUAUCAGGUCUGUCCCUUCAGGUUUCUUCGGUGUCACAGGCGCUGGGUCCUGCAGCUCCUGGGCCCUCCCCCACGGGAACCCAGAGGCCGUAUACAGUUUCUUCUUGGGCCAGGGAUGUGGGCAAGGGUGGGCAGUGUUGGUGGUCUCUUCUGCUCUGCAGCCUCAGGAGUGCCCACCUGACCAGGCGGUGAGUUCUCUCUCCUACGGGGUUUUGGAGCAGAGAGCUGCUGCGGGCCAGGGUCCGCGGGUUUGGGCCAUAUCGAAUUUUUUAAUCUGUGUUUUUAUUGGGGCGUUGAGACCAUUCAUGUUCAGAGAUAAUAAGGAAUAGUGAUUUUUGCUUCUUGUUAUAUUCAUAUUUGGAUGUGAGGUUAUGUUUUUGUACUUUUCUUCUCUUUGUUUUGUUUCCAAUACGAUUUGUUUCUUGCUUUUUCUGUGGUGUAGCUUGCCUCCUUAUGUGGGACUUUACCAUUUAUUAUCCUUUGUAGUGCUCAAUUGUAGAAAUAUAUUGUAUAAAUUUGAUUUUGUCAUGGAAUAUCUUGGUUUCUCCAUCUAUGUUAUUUGAGAGUUUUGCUGGAUGCAGUCCCUGGGCUGGCAUUUGUGUUCGCUUAAGGUCUGUAUGACGUCUGUCCGGGAUCGUCUGGCUUUCAUUGUCUCUGUUGAGAAGUCUGGUGUGAUUCUGAUAGGUCUGCCUUUAUAUGUUACUUGACAUUUUUCCCUUACUGCUUUUAAUAUCUUUUUUUCUUUUGUACACUUGGUGUUUUGACUAUUAUGUGACGGGAGGAGUUUCUUUUCUGGUCUAAUCUAUUUGUAGUUCUGUAGGCUUCUUGUAUAUUUAUGGGCAUCUCUUUCUUUAGGUUACAGAAAUUUUCUUCUACGACUUUUUUGAAGAUAUUUACUGGUCCUUUGAGCUGGGAGUCUUCAUUCUCUUCUAUACAUAUUAUGCUUAGGUUUGAUCUUCUCAUUGGGUCCUGGAUUUCCUGUAUGUUUUGGAUCAGUAGCUUUUCCAUUUUCCAUUAUCUUUGACAGUUGUGUCGAUGAUUUCUAUGGAAUCUUCUGGUCCUGAGAUUCUCUCUUCUAUCAUUUGUAUUCUGCUGGUGAUGCUUGUAUCUACGGCUCCUUGUCUCUUCCUUUGAUUUUCUAUAUCCAUGGUUAUUUCCCUGUGUUCUUUCUUCAUUGCUUCUAUAUCCCUUUUUAAUUCCUUCAACUGCUUAACUGUGUUUUCCUGGAAUUCUUUCAGGGAUUUUUGUGGUUCCUCUCUAUAGGCUACUACUUUUUUAUUUAUGUUUUCCUGCAUUUCUCUAAGAGAGAUCUUCAUGUCUUUCUUGAAGUCCUAUAGCAUCAUGAUGAAAUGUGAUUUUAAAUCUAGAUCUUGCUUUUCUGCUGUGUUUUGAUAUUCAGUGUUUGCUUUGGUGUGAGAAUUGGGCUCCGAUGAUGCCAGGUAGUCUUGGUAUCUGUUGCUUGGGUUCCUGUGCUUGCCUCUUGCCAUCAGGUUGCCUCUGGUGUUACCUUGUUCUGCUAUUUCUGACAGUGGCUAGAUCGUCUUAUAGGCCUGUGUAUCAGGAGUGCUGUAGACCUGUUUUCCUGUUUUCUUUCAGCCAGUUGUGGGAGCAGAGUGUUCUGCUUUUGGUCAAUUAGUCAUUCCUGUCUACUGGUCUUCAGCUGUUCCUGUUGGCCUGUGUCCUGAAUCCACCAGACAGGUUGCUUGGAGCAGAAAAGUUGGUCUUCCCUGUGGUCCCGUGGCUCAAGUUGCUCUUGGGGGACUGCUUUUGAUCUCUCCUUGAGGGCAUCAACCAGGAGGGCCUGUGCUGCCUUUUCUAGGACCCCCCCAUGCCCCGGGGUCCCAGAUAAUGUUAGGUGUUUUCCUCUGGUGUCAGAAAUGUGGGCAGAGUGUGGCUUUUCUGGCUUCCCAGGUGUGCCUGCCCCUCUGAAAGUUUAUCUCUCCCUUCCACGGGAUUUUGGUGCAGAGAACUGUUGAUCAGGUUCCUUCAGUUGCGUCCAGUGUCUGGAGCACAGUGGACCUGCUGCUCCAGUGCCCCUAUCUUCAGGUUCCCAGAGGCCCUAUAAAUUUCGUCUUGGGCCACAGAUGUAUUCAUGGGUGGGCAGUAUUGGUGGUCUCUCAUGCUCUGUAGUCUCAGGAGUGCCCACCUGUGUGGGCGGUGAACUCAUUCACCCAAGGGGUUUGGGAGCAGUGAGCUGUGGGCCAGGACCAGCGAGGGUGGCUCCAGCUAGCAUUUUUCUCCACUUUUAUUCUCAGAGUUGACAUUGAGUGACAGAAUUGCAAAUUAACAGUUUUUCAUGAUAAAAAUGUCUUCCCAUUAGACUGAAUAAUCUAAAAUUUGAAUUAGUCUUGAGUAAGGACAAUGUUUCCAAUAACCAAGAAAGAAGUAACCUUCAUUUCUGUGAUCAAAUCUAUUUCAAAAUUUCUGUUUUAUGACAUGAUAGUUGAAAAGUUCCAAACAUAUUUAUUAAUUUUAACAUAUCAUAAUAAAGCUGUAAGAACAUUGCAGUCAGCUAUCAAGGACCCAUGAUUGACUUCAACUUAAGUUUAAUUUAUCAAUGUGUAAGCAUUUCUUUCUCUGUUAAAAGAAUACUAGUCUAUUAGAUAAUAUAAAAUAUUAACCUAUAGGGUUGAUGAGGUCUGAUUUUAUAUUUGUUUACUUUAUAUAUUAUCAGAACACCAGACAUAACUUUACUGAUUUUGAGUCUUUUUUUGCUCUACUAAAUAAUGUGGAUGUUAAAAAUUCUUUUAGGAUUUAAUAUAAUAUAUUUACUUAUUAUCACCCUUCAUUUAUCUUCCCCAACUCCCCCCAGUCAAAGUUUGUUCCUCCUGGCUCCCUACACUUUUGUUUUUUUGUUUUUGUUUUUGUUUUUUUUUUUUUUUGUUUUUUUUGUUUUUUUUUUUUUUUUUUUGGCUGCCCUAGAACUUGCUAUGUGGACCAGACUGGUAUCAAAUGUACAGAGAUCUGCCUGCCUUUCUCACCCAAGUUCUGGUACUAAAAGCACAUGCCACUAUUGCCUGGCAGAAAAUGUUUCUUUCUUUAUUUUUUAUUAACUUGAGUAUUUCUCAUUUUCAUUUCGAGUAUUAUUCUCUUUCCCGGUUUACGGGACAACAUCCCCCAACACCUCCCCCUCCUCUUCUUUAUGGAUGUUCCGGUCCCCAUCUUCCCCCAAUGCCGUUCUCCCCCCAAAAUCACGUUCACUGGGGGUUCAGUCUUAGCAGGACCCAGGGCUUCCCCUUACACUGGUGAUCUUACUAGGAUAUUCACUGCUACCUAUGAGGUCAGAGUCCAGGUUCAGUACAUGUAUAGUCUUUAGGUAGUGGCUGAGUCCCUGGGAGCUAUGGUUGCUUGGCAUUGUUGUUCCUAUGGGGUCUUGAGCCCCUUCAAGCUCUUCCAGUUCUUUCUCUGAUUCCUUCAACGGGGGUCCUAUUCUCAGUUCAGUGGUUUGAUGCUGGCAUUCGCCUCUGUAUUUGCUGUAUUCUGGCUGUGUCUCUCAGGAAUGAUCUACAUCCGGUUCUUGUCUGCCUGCACUUCUUUGCUUCAUCCAUCUUGUCUAAUUGGGUGGCUGUAUAUGUAUGGGCCACAUGUGGGACAGGCUCUGAAUGGGUGUUUCUUCUGUCUCUGUUUUAAUCUUUGCCUCUCUCUUCCCUGCAAAGGGUAUUCUUGUUCCCCUUUUAAAGAAGGAGUGAAGCAUUCACAUUUUGAUCAUCCAUCUUGAGUUUCAUGUAUUCUAUGCUACUAGGGUAAUUCAAGCAUUUGGGCUAAUAGCCGCUUAUCAAUGAGUGCAUACCAUGUGUGUUUUUCUGUGAUUGGGAUACCUCACUCAGGAUGAUAUGUUCCAGUUCCAACCAUUUGCCUAUGAAUUUCAUAAAAUCAUUGUUUUUGAUAGCUGAGUAAUAUUCCAUUGUGUAGAUGUAACACAUUUUCUGUAUCCAUUCCUCUGUUGAAGGGCAUCUGGGUUCUUUCCAGCUUCUGGCUAUUAUAAAUAAGGCUGUUAUGAACAUAGUGGAGCAUGUGUCUUUUUAUAUGUUGGGGAAUCUUUUGGGUAUAUGCCCAAGAGAAGUAUAGCUGGAUCCUCAGGCAGUUCAAUGUCCAAUUUUCUGAGGAACCUCCAGACUGAAUUCCAGAAUGGUUUUACCAGUCUGCAAUCCCACCAACAAUGGAGGAGUGUUCCUCUUUCUCCACAUCCUCUCCAGCACUUGCUGUCACUUGAGUUUUUGAUCUUAGCCAUUCUCACUGGUGUGAGGUGAAAUCUGAGGGUUGUUUUGAUUUGCAUUUCCCUUAUGACUAAAGAUGUUGAACAUUUCUUUAGGUGUUUCUCAGCCAUUUGGACUUCCUCAGCUGUGAAUUCUUUGUUUAGCUCUGAACCCCAUUUUUAAUGGGGUUAUUUGUCUCCCUGCGGUCUAACUUCUUGAGUUCUUUGUGUAUUUUGCAUAUAAGCCGUCUAUCUGUUGUAGGAUUAGUAAAGAUCUUUUCCCAACCUGUUGGAUGCCGUUUUGUCCUAACCACAGUAUCCUUUGCCUUACAGAAGCUUUGCAGUUUAUGAGAUCCUAUUUGUCGAUUUUUUAUCGUAGAGCAUAAGCCAUUGGUGUUUAGUUCAGGAAAUUUUUUCCAGUGCCCAUGUGUUCAAAAUGCUGCCCUUGUUUUUCUUCUAUUAGUUUGAGUGUAUCUGGUUUGAUGUGGAGGUCCUUGAUCCACUUGGACUUAAGCUUUGUACAGGGUGAUAAGCAUGGAUCGAUCUGCAUUCUUCUACAUGUUGACCUCCAGUUGAACCAGCACUAUUUGCUGAAAAUGCUAUCUUUUUUCCAUUGGAUGGUUUUGGCUCCUUUGUCAAAAAUCAAGUGACCAUAGGUGUGUGAGUUCAUUUCUGGGUCUUCAAUUCUGUUCCAUUGGUCUAUCUGUCUGUCUCUGUACCAAUACCAUGCAGUUUUUAUCACUAUUGCUCUGUAAUACUGCUUGAGUUCAGGGAUAGUGAUCCCCCCUGAAGUCCUUUUAUUGUUGAGGAUAGUGUUAGCUAUCCUGGGUUUUUUGUUAUUCCAGGUGAGUUUGCAAAUUGUUCUGUCUAACUCUUUGAAGAAUUGGAUUGGUAUUUUGAUGGGGAUUGCAUUGAAUCUGUAGAUCACUUUUGGUAAAAUGGCCAUUUUUACUAUAUUAAUCCUGCUAAUCCAUGAGAAUGGGAGAUCUUUCCAUAUUCCGAAGUCUUCUUCAAUUUCUUUCUUCUGAGUCUUGAAGUUCUUAUUGUACAGAUCUUUUACUUGCUUCGUUAAAGUCACACCAAGGUCCUUUAUAUAAUUUGGGUCUAUUAUGAUGGGUGUCGUUUCCCUAAUUUCUUUCUUGGCUUGUUGCUCAUUUGUGUAGAGGAAGGCUACUGAUUUAUUUGAGUUAAUUUUAUACCCAGCCACUUUGCUGAAAUUGUUUAUCAGCUUUAGUAGUUCUCUGUCGGAACUUUUGUGAUCACUUAAAUGUACUAUCAUAUCAUCUGCAAAUAGUGAUAUUUUGACUUCUCGUUUUCUGAUCUGUAUCCCUUGACCUCCUUUUGUUGUCUGAUUGCUCUGGCUAGAACUUCAAGAACUAUAUUGAAUAAGUAGGGAGAGAGUGGGGAGUCUAGUCCCUGAUUUUAGUGGGAUUGCUUCAAGUUUCUCUCCAUUUAGUUUAAUGUUAGCAACUGGUUUGCUGUAUAUGGCUUUUACUAUAUUUAGAUAUGGGCCUUGAAUUCCUAUUCUUUCCAGGACUUUUAUCAUGAAGGAGUGUUGAAUUUUGUCAAAUGCUUUCUCAGCAUCUAAUGAAAUGAUCAUGUGCUUUCGUUCUUUCAGUUUUUUUGAAAAUGUAUCACAUGUGUUGAUGGUUUUCCAUAAAUUAAACCAUGCCUGCAUGCCUGGGAUGAAGCCUUCUUGAUCAUGGUGGAUGAUUGUUUUGAUGUGCUCUUGGAUUCCGUUUGCCAGAAUUUUAUUGAGUAUUUUUGCAUCGAUAUUCAUCAGGGAAAUUGGUCUGAAGUUCUCUUUCUUUGUUGGGUCUUUGUGUGGUUUAGGUAUAAGAGUAAUUGUGGCUUCAUAGAAGGAAUUCGGUAGUGCUCCAUCUGUUUCAAUUUUGUGGAAUAGUUUGGAUAGUAUUGGUAUGACGUCUUCUAUGAAGGUCUGAUAGAAUUCUGCACUAAACUCGUCUGGAGCUGGGCUCUUUUUGGUUGGCAGACCUUUAAUGACUGCUUCUAUAUCCUUAGGAGGUAUGGGGUUGUUUAACUGGUUUAUCUGUUCCUGACUUAACUUCGAUACCUGGUAUCUGUCUAGGAAAUUAUCCAUUUCUUCCAGAUUUUCCAGUUUUGUUGAAUAAAGGCUUUUGUAGUAGGAUCUGAUGAUUUUUUUUGAAUUUCCUCUGAUUCUGUAGUUAUGUCUCCCUUUUUAUUUCUGAUUUUGUUAAUUUGUACACACUCUCUGUGUCCUCUCGUUAGUCUGGCUAAGGGUUUAUCUAUCUUGCUGAUUUUCUCAAAGAACCAACUUUUGGUUCUGUUGAUUCUUUCUAUGUUCCUUUUUGUUUCUAUUUGGUUACUUUCAGCUCUGAGUUUGAUUAUUUCCUGCCUUCUACUCCUCCUGGGUGUAUUUGCUUCUUUUUCUUCUAGAGCUUUUAUCUGUGCUGUCAAGCUGCUGACAUAUGUUCUUUCCUGUUUUUUUCUGCAGGCACUCAGAGCUAUGAGUUUUCCUCUUAGCACAGCUUUCAUUGUGUCCCAUAAGUUUGGGUAUGUUGUACCUUCAUUUUCAUUACAUUUUAAGAAGACUUUAAUUUCCUUCUUUAUUUCUUCCAUGACCAGGUUAUCGUUGAGUAGAACAUUGUUCAACUUCCAUGUAUAUGUGGGCGUUCUUCCCUUAUUGUUAUUGAAGACCAGCUUUAGGCCGUGUUUGUCAGAUAGCAUGCAUGGGAUUAUUUCUAUCUUUCUGUACGUGUUGAGGCCCGUUUUUUGACCAAUUAUAUGGUCAAUUUUGGAGAAAGUACCAUGAGGAGCUGAGAAGAAGCUAUAUCCUUUUUUCUUCUGACUUUCAUAGUCUCUGGUGUGAAGUCUGGUGUAAAUCUGAUAGGUCUGCCUUUAUAUGUUAUUUUACCUUUUUCUCUUACUGCUUUUAAUAUUCUUUCUUUCUUUUGUUCAUUUGUUGGUUUGACUAUUAUGUGACGGGUUGAGUUUCUGUUCUGGUCCAAUCUGUUUGGAAUUCUGCAGGCUUAUUGUAUGUAUAUGGGCAUCUCUUUCUUUUUUUUUUUUUUUUUUUUUUUUUUUGGUUCUUUUUUUCGGAGCUGGGGACCGAACCCAGGGCCUUGAGCUUCCUAGGCAAGCGCUCUACCACUGAGCCAAAUCCCCAACCCCUAUCUCUUUCUUUAGGUUAGGGAAGUAUUCUUCUAUGAUUUUGUUGAAGAUAUUACUGGUCUUUUGAGCUGGUAAUCCUCACUCUCUUCUAUACCUAUUAUCCUUAGGUUUGAUCUUCUCAUUGUGUCCUGGAUUUCCUGUUUGUUUUAUGCCAGUCGCUUUUUCCAUUUUACAUUAUCUCUACCAGUUGUUUUGAUAAUUUCUAUGGAGUCUUCUGCUCCUAAUAUUCUCUCUUCUAUCUCCUGUAUUCUAUUGGUGAUGCUUGUAUCUACGGCUCCUUGUCUCUUCUUUUGGUUUUCUAUAUCCAGGGUUGUUUCCAUGUGUUCUUUCUUGAUUGCUUCUAUUUCCAUUUUUAAUUCCUUCAAGUGUUUGAUUGUGUUUUCCUGGAAUUCUUUCAGGGAUUUUUGUGAUUCCUCUCUAUAGGCUUCUACCUGUUUAUUUAUGUUUUCCUGUGUUUCUUUAAGGGAGUUCUUCAUGUCUCUCUUGAAGUUCUCCAGCAUCAUGAUCAAAUAUGAUUUUGCAACUAGAUCUUGCUUUUCUGGUGUGUUUGGGUAUUCUGUGUUUGCUUUGGUGUGAGAAUUGGGCUCCGAUGAUGCCCUGUAGUCUUGGUUUCUGUUGCUUGGGUUCCUUUGCUUGCCUCUCGCUAUCAGAUUAUCUAUUGUGUUACUUUGUUCUACUAUUUCUGACAGUGGCUAGACUGUUCUAUAAGCCUGUGUGUCAGGAGUGCUGUAGACCUGUUUUCCUGUUUUCUUUCAGCCAGUUUUGGGAACAGAGAGUUCUGCUUUCGGUCGUGUAGUUUUUCCUAUCUACAGGUCUUCAGGUGUUCCUGUGGGCCUGUGUCUUGAGUUCACCAGGCAGGUCGCUUGGAGCACGAAGGUUUUUCUUACCUGUGGUUCCGAGGCUCAAGUUUGCUCGUGGGGUGUUGCUUUUGAGCUCUCCAUGGGGGCAGCAACCAGGAAGAUCUGCGCCGCCCUUUCCGGGAGCUUCCGUGCACCAGGGUUCCAGAUGGCGUUUGAUGUUUUCCUCUGGAAUCAGUAAUGUGGGCAGAGUGUAGUCUCUUCUGGUUUCCCAGGAGUUUCUGCCUCUCUGAAGGUUUCGCUUUCUGUCCCAUGGGAUUUGGGUGCAGAGAACUGUUUAUCUGGUCGGUCCCUUCAGGUUCCGGCAGUGUCUCAGACGAAGGGGACCCACUGCUCCUGGCCCUUAUCUCCAGGAACCCAGAGGCAGUAUACAGUUUCCUCUUGGGCCAGGGAUGUGGGCAGGGGUGGGCAGUGUUGGUGGUCUCUUCCGCUCUGCAGUCUCAGGAGUGCCCCCCUGUCAGGGCGGUGAACUCUCUCUCCCACGGGGUUUGGGAGCAGUGAGCUGCUGCGGGCAGGGAUCCGAGGGUUUGGGAAUCCCACUAAAAACCGGAAGUGCUCACUACACUUUGUUCCUCUAUUUCAAGACACUGCCUUCCAGCUGAUGUCCCUUCUGUCACAUUAUCCCACUUCUUCUGUUUUGUAGAUGGAUCAACUGGGACCUUCAUCCACACUCAAUUUUUCUCUGCAUUUUGACCAGUUUCCACUUUCUGUAAUGAUCUUUAUUCACUAAAAGAAGCAUCUUUAUAGAGGGAAAAGUAUACUUACUUAUGGAUAUAAUAAGUAUUUAGUAUACAGUUAGAAAUUUUGUAUCAUAAUAUCCAAAAAUUCAAUAUAAGGUAUCUUUAACUUCUUCUUUUUAAUUGUAUUUAAUCUUUUUUUUUUUUUUUUUUUUUUUUUUAGCAAUCCAGACUAUUCCUCUCUCGAUCCACCCUCUGACUGUUCUAGAUCUCAUACCUCCUCUCUGGUCUCCAUGAGGUUGGCCCCACCCCCACACUCCACCAGAACUCCCCACUCCCUGGGGCCUUCAGUUUCUUGAGGGUUAAGUGAUUGAUUCUUCUUUGACUGAGUCCUGACCAAGCAGUCCUCUGCUGUCUAUGUUUUGGGGGCCUCAUAUCAGCUGGUGUAUACUGCCAGGUUGGUGGCCCAGUGUUUGAGAGAUUUCAGGGUUCCAGGUUAGUUGAAACUGCCGGUCUCCCUGCAGGAUUGGCCCUUCUCCUCAGCUUCUUCCAGCUUUUCCCUAAUUCAACCACAGAGGUCAGCAGUUUCUAUCCAUGGGCUGGGUGUAACAUCUGAUACUUAGUUGUUUGUUGAGCCUUUCAGAUGGCACUCAUGAUAGGCUCCUUUUUUUCAGCACACCGUAGCUUCAGUAAUAGUGUCAGGCCUUGGAGCCUCACCUUGAGCUGGAUCUCAAUUUGUGUCUCAUCUUUUUCUAGAACUGCCUUUCAAAUUGGAUAGCACGAACUGAGAUUUUUAUGUAUAUGCUAAUUCUCUUGCUACUCCUCUUUUUGUGUACACGUCUUUGUCAGUAUUCUAUGCAUUAUAACUCUUAUAAAAAGUAUUUAGUUGGGGUAGUUUAUAGUUUCAGAGGUUUAGUCAAUUAUAAUCAUGGUGGGAAACAUGGUGACAUGCAGUUAGGUAUGGUGCAGGAAAAAUUGCAAAUUCUACAUUUGGAUCUGCAUGCAGAAGGAAGACAGAAAGAUGCUGGGUCUGGCUUGGGCUUUUGAAACCUCUAAGCCCAGAAUAAGGGCUAUACUUCCUGCUUCAAUUAGGUCCACUUUCUAAGUAUUCAAGUAUGUGAAACAAUGGAGUCCAUUAUGAUUGUUCCUAUAUAGCUAUUGUAUUAUCUGUUGAAGAUCCUCUAAAUUCCAAAUAAUUGCUUGCUGGGUUAUAGACUCUUAACAGUAUCCUCAUAUUUAAAACACAUAUUUUACCAAUUUAAAUUUUUUUCAGAAAAAAAAUUCGACCUUCAGCUUUACAAAGGAGAUGCCUGAUAUUAGAGAUGUUUUUUUAUUACACUGUAGUAUAGUAGAUGCUAUAUGAAGUCAUUAGCUCUUGACUUGUACACUUGACUCACAAGGAUUCAUUAUUAGAGACCUUAUCUAUCCAAAGAUACUGGUUUUAUUUGUGGAAAAUCCCUGCCUUCGCUGCUACUCACUCUCUGACUUUCAUGCUUAGAAAUUUGAGUUUUAUAGGUAUUUCUUAUAAUUGUAACCAUAUACCUUGCUUGGUUUUGUACACGGUAUAUCAUGUAUCAAUAGCCUGUGCCUUUCUGUUACUGAAAGCACUUCCAUGGUAAAGAUAUGUACAUAUUAGACAGUGCCUAUUGUUUAUCAAUUCACUGGUGGAUGGGUAUCAACUGAUUAUAGAUUUUGUCUAUUAUGAGUGAUAUCAAAGUGAUUGUUCACAUACAAAAGUUUGCAGGAACAUUUUGCUGUUUCUAUUUCAUGACUGAUAGGAAAGAAACUGUCGUGUCUCAUCGGAAACAUGUGUUUAGAUUCUUAAAAUAUUACUAAUUAUUUCCCAUGAAAGUUACAGCAGCAUGUAAAUUCCAACAUUUUUAUAAUCUUACUAAAACAAAAAUUUUUAUGAUUUUUGCUUAAGUGUGCAUAUUCAUUAUUUUCAUUUCAUUGUUUCGUCCCACAAUUCAUGCUUUUUACAUACGAUAUUGGCAUUUUCAAGUCUUCUACAUUUAUAUUAAGGUUGAAAAAUAUUGUUUGUUCACCAAUAAUGAAAAGCAGCUGGGGUUCUCACUUUUCAAUUGACAAGAAUGUACAGUGGUCCUAACAAAUUCUGAGCUAGCACUCUUCACAGAGUUGUUUAUCUCCAGCCCUAUUGCUGGAGCCUUGAUCAUCCAUACUGCAUCUAUAGACCAAUUUACUAUAAGAUUGGAAAAGCUCCAUGAGAACUUUAUCUAUUUCACCUUUUGAAAUAAUAUUUUUAACCUUUGUGAAGAGAUGUUUUACAAUUGUAGGUCUGGAAGAAUUUUGGUAAUUGUUUUGUUUUCCUUUAUUGGAUAUUUUUAUUUACAUUUUAAAAACCCUUUCCUUUUUUCCCCUCCAGAAACCCACUAUCCAAUUCCC